AUGACCGGGUACCGCCAUGCCUCAAGUGCCCUUACCCUGCUGCUCCUCCUCACAGGAGCCUCCCUCCUCCAUCCAUCCACCCCCACCCCUGUGAACGCCGCUGAGGAGGCUGAUGACCUGCACACAGAGACUCCUCCUGCACAGACGGCAGCAGGAGAUGAGGAAGAAAGAAGGGAAGAGGAGAGGCGAUCAGUAAAGAAAGAGGACACAGAGGAGGAAGAGGAGCUCUUUAAAGAUGUAGAUCCAAAAACACUUGCAGCAGUUUUGCUCGAGGCGUUGAAUCGCUCAGAUGUGGGGAGAAGGAGGGAGGAAGAGGAGAUGGAUGCCGAGGCAAACCGAGAAGUGAGAAUGAUGGAAGGAGCAGACAGAGACAGGGACGGACGACAGGAGUUAGAGAUGCUGAUGGCUGCUCAGGGAAAAGAGCGGGAAAAGGAGGAGGAAGAGGAGAGGAGGAGAGCUCAGGAGGAAGAAGAGAGGAUGACAGAGAAGGUGACCAGUCGGACCACGAGCCAGACGGUCCAGGUCCAAGCAGAGCCACAGUCCCAAAGUCCAGAGGAAGGAGGGGAGAAUGGAAAGCAGGGAGCGAAUCCCCCCUCUGAACAAGACAACAAUGAGGAAGAGGAGGAGCAGCUGAGUCCAGAGGAGCUGAAGAGCCUGGAGACCAUGAUGAAGGAGUUUCCUAGUUUGAACACAGCGACAAAGAGGGAGGGCGAGCAGAACCAGAGGGAGAGCCGAGGGUGGAGCAGCUACAACGAGGUCAUCCCCGUCAAAGGAAGUGACACUGCCUCAACGAAAAAGAAGCUGAAGUGGCAGGAGGAGACGCAGAAGGGGAUCAACUUCCCGAUGUUCAGGGGAGGAAACUUCAUGGAUGACUUUGAGGAGAGCAAUCGAGCAGGAGACAACGAAAUUCAGGCGGAGCUCCCAUCAGAGCAGGAGGCGACUGAGGAGGAGGAGCCAGAGGAGGAGGAAGAGGAGGAACAGCUGAGUCCAGAGGAAGAGGAGGCUCGGGCUAAAGCUGAGCAAGAGGAGAUGAGGAGGCAGGCGGCCGAGGCACAGCGAGCCAAAAUUGAGGAGGAGAAGCUGGCGGACAUCGCCUCCGACAUGCUGCUGCGCUACAUGGUGAAGCAGAACAACGGUAACCGGAAAUACAGCUCGUCUCUGUCCAACGCUGCCGAGGACAAACGAUCCAACGAAGAGCAAGAGGCGGCCGAGGAGGAAGACCUCGACCCACAGACAAUCGACAAGCUCAUCGAGAUCUCCAGCAAACUCCACCUACCUGCCGACGACGUGGUCGACAUCAUCAGCGACGUGGAGAAGAAGAAAAAGAAAGACAUCCAGCCGGAGGUUACAUCACGUUGGCAGCGACCUCUAACACCGCUCUCUUCAUCGUUCUCAUCCACCAAAGGUUUGUCUUCAACCGAUACAAACAGCUUCCCAGUCACAAAACAACCGUCUCCCGCUGUCAAUCGCCUCAAAACCUGGUUCCAGGAGAAGACCCCAACAAAAUCUCAGGAUCUGUGGAGCAAACCUCUGAGAGCCAAUCAGAAUCUUUGGUCCAAACCUCAGAAGCCGAUGAAGCAGGAAAUCUGGUUCAAAUCCCCAAAGCCUGUCCGGACUGGAUACCCCUUCUACCCCUACAGAUACCCCUCCUACUACCAGAGGAAGCCCUACCCUGACUACUACCCCAUUUACUUCCCUCCUGCCCCAAGACCCAGACCUCGCUACUACCUCUCUAAACCCGCCCUCGCCCGGGGGAACCCCAUGGACAACCCGUAUGCUUUCCCUCCCAAACGUCGCUACCACAGCUGGAUCCAACCACGGCUCAGAACGCCCCCCACAGGCCUCCAGCAGAAGCCUUACUACCCCAGCUACCCUCUGUACCCUCGGACAUUUCAGCCCGUCAGAGUCCCCGUGAGGCCUCCUCAACAGAAGCAGUUUUAUUAUUCACCUCCGGCGGCUGCAGCGCCGAGAAACGAAGAUUACUACGAGGCGGGAAAACAGCCGGAGAGCCGUGACGACCUGGAGAAGUACAUCCAGCAGAUCCUCCGGAAGAGACCGCAGAUAUCAGACUGAAAGAGGGAUGAAAAGAGAGAUGGAAGAAGAGCAGGAAAGAAUGUUUCUUUAUGAUUAUGAUUUAAGAUUUUGUUUUAAACCUGUAAGAAAUUCCUUCUUUAUUUUGAAAGGUUAAAAGGACAUGAGGACUUUCUGGUUAACACGAGACUUUGGUGAGAAAACAAAGGCGAAGAUUCACCUCCUCUUCCUCAGUGAAGGAGGGAGAGAACAGGAUGAUUGUUGACAGGGCGUGACGCAGCAAAGAUGUGUAUCACGCUCGAACACUUCAUCCAAACUCCCAACAUGACAACAUUCUCCAUGUGGACGUUUUUAAAUGCCAACAAAGGAGGACGCUUGAACACGCUGUUACUGUACCUUUAAGAAAUCUCUGCCAGAGUCGAAUGAGGCAGCGAUGGAUGCUGGGAAAUGUUUGCUGGCUGCUACAAAAGGACGUUUGUGUCGUUAUCUCAGGCAGGGAAAUUAGAUAUAGAAACACUACAUGGCCAAAAGCAUGUGGACGCCAAACUCUUCACCUUCAUUUGAGGAUUAAGCCCAGAGUUCAUGGAGACCAUUCAGAUGUAGAUAAGAAGUAAUCAGAAAAAUUAGGCCUGAGCAGAAGUGCCUUAAACCUGCAUUCUUUCUGAUGGCCAGCAGAGGGCAGAAAUCAGUUUCAUAGAAGUCUUUGAGAAAAUGGUCCUCUUUCUCAUUCAUUUAUCCACUCAGUUAACAUUUCCCUGACGAGUUCAUGAUCUUCAAUCUCUAGUUCACGCUCUUCUUCAACACAGCAUCAUAAAUGAAGGUCGCAUUUAGAGUCACCGAGACUACAAAGCAGGGGGCGGAGUCAGACAGGGGAUACCUGUGAUUAACAGGUCACCUGUUGGCUGGUUCAGAGCUGGGUUGUGCUAAAAGACGCUCUGAGGAGUUGUUCUUUUAAAGCCAGUCCAUGUUGGAACCCUUUUUUAAGCUAUUGAAACAAGCAUGCCGUCAUAUAUCACAGUGAAUCUUCACCUUGUCCUGAUUUGGUCACGUCUGGCUCCAUAAAAACCCAAAAUGGUGAAGAUCAAGAGCCAGAGAGGUGACUUUAAAUCAAACCCAGUGCCGAGUUCUUAAAAACAGUCCAUGAGUGUGUGCAUGGACUUAAGUAUCCGGUCUCCAUAUUUGUGCAUGUGACCAUCAUAUCCUGAUUUGGAGACCUGCUUUUGCUAUAUGGAGAAUCUGAAAUAUACAAAUGAUAGUGUGGCAUGAAUACGCCUUACCUCUGUUUCUGACAGCAGCCGACCACCUGCGCAGGCGCGGCGUCAGCAAAGUGACGUAUCAGCAGAACAAAUGUGGCAGCAGCAGCAAGAGCGUCUUACACAGGACUUCCACCAAUCCGCUACGGUCCGGGUCCGUGCUGUCUCGUCUGUCAACACCCACCGGCUGCAUUUCUGCCUGACUUCCUGUCCCGCUCCAUCUGCUCUGUUGAGAUUGAUCCGUCGUGCUCCAGCAUCCAGCAAAAUUAGAAGUCUUGUUUAUCUGAUCUGUCACGUUACGACCUGCCAGACCAGAGACGCAGCCGGAACACAACGGAGCGGAUCCAGUGGGAGUUAACACAUUGAAUAUGAGAGAAACCUAUCAGAACCCAUGCCAUGAUUGAUCGUAGACGGACCACACACGGAUCUGGUGGAAUUUGGCCAUUACUUACCGGUCACAGCAGCGUACCAUCACCCAUCGCACCCUUGUCCUAUAUGCCGUCGCUCUCUUCUCACAUAGUCACGGUGUUUCAAAACAGAUUUCAAAAUUGGUUUGGUUUGUGUUGUCAGAAAAAAACAUCACGGGCAUCUGCAGAAAUUAGAUGCAUUGAUCGGAAAUCAGGAAAAAAGUAUCUAUUGUGUAAAUAAUCAGGUUUCUAUGUGUGCAUUUAAACAACAGAUCCCCAAUAUGAUCAAAACUAGGAUACUUGAGUCCAUAUAAACGUACUCAUUGUUCCAUUAACACCAAACUGGAGGCCGUUUCUUCACACAACUGACUUUGUAAACUUUGGGUUCACCAUGCUAACACAGACUCCAGGGUGUCCACAAACUUUUGGCCAAAUAGUGUCUCAACAUACACUCUUUCACCUUGUACAGAUGAAACCAGCAUCCACCAUGACGUGGGAACGGCCUCACACUGCAGCCGUUCACUGUUUCAUCUCUGAAAUCAUACAUCUCAGUGCAGAUGUAUGAUUUUGUUGUGUAAAAAUGCAGCUCUCAUGAUGUAAACCUACACACACCCUCUGAAGCUCUUUAUAGUGAAACACAAAGCUCCAACAGCUUGUUUCCUGAGCAGAGCUACACUCACUCUGCUAUAAUGGCACGAUGAGUCAUCCUUUUGCAUAACUUCAAUUACCUUGUUGCUAUGGUGCCAAACCCCGGCCAAAGUCUAUAUGGCAUUCUUUCACAGCUGACGCCUUCAGGGGGAUGCAGUGCUGCAGCAAACCGGGAACAUACAUGUAGGUAUUAAGGACAAGGCUGCUGGUCUGAGAUCGUGUCAACAAAAACUGAACGUGCUGAGUCAUCUCUGAAAACCUCACAGACCUGUGAGCCCGACUGUUCUCUAUGAAGACUGUUUUUAUGAUAACACAAAUAUCAGCCUCCUCCAGCAGCUUUUAUCCCUCUGCUGUCCGGUCUUUGAAGAUCAGUGCAAUGUAUGUUCACCUGUGGAUGAGAGCAGACUGUCAGAUAUCUCUCCUCCAGCUGCACUCAGUUUUUACAUAAACUAACAAAGAGCUUAAUGCAUCGUGUGCAGGGGACUGUUAUCAGACGGGAAGUGUGCAAAGUGUGUUUCUACACGUGCACUCCAAUCUCUCUGAAGUGUGUGUGGGCACACGUUGGUGGAGAAGGAAUCAGAAAUCAAAAUAUGAAGCGAUGCAAAGAGUUUGGUUUGGAAAGUUUGCGAAAUAUGAGGAAAAGUUUAUCUCUAUGAACAAAUAUGUGUGUGAGUGCAGCUAGGAAACCAGUCAUAGAUGCCAUCUCAACUGCAGCAACAAUGCAUGUUAGCAUCAGAUCAUCACAGAACCAGAUAUGUGAGGCUUCGCAUACAUUCACAACACAAGUUAACAGGACACUUUUAUUUCUGGCUCGUUUCUGCACGUUUCUGAUCCGGACGUUCUGCAGCCUUGUCCUCUAAAAUUCUUUCAUGUUGUCGUUCAAAUGCCGCUGCAUCCCCACGCUCCCUUCAGCUCAGAAAGACGUUUACUAUUUUUCAUCCUCAGCUCAAAGUCUGUUUCUCCUCUCAGUUUGAAUGUCUCUGAACCAUCCUUCAUCCGUUACUGAGCAGAAACCUGCUGCCUUACAUCACGUCACUGUGACAUUCCGUCCAUGAGAUCACUGAGGAAGCAACUGAAAGGUCAACAGUUUACCUUUAAGAACACACACCGAGGAUUUUUCUCUGCUUGGAUUGGAUGUUUACAGAUGAUUGUAAAAAAAAGUUUUUUAAUGUGCAAACAAAAACAAAACAGGAUUGUACCGCAGAGCUUGAUUUCUUCAUGAGCCGGCUCGUCAUAAUCAGAGCUCAGUAAACACUAAAACAUGUCAGCAGGACGUUCUUCUGUUGUUCUGUUUGUCUGAUGUGAAGCCAAAACAAAUCUGACAAUCUCGUGAUGAAAAAUGUUAAAAUAACGCGGUUAUUCCGAAAAGAGCAUUUACGGACACGGAGGGGUUUUUGUAUUUUUAAUAAUUUGUUGUUUUUUAUGCGACGACGAUGAUGAUGAUGAUGAUGAUGAUGAUGAUGAUGAUGAUGAUGAUGAUAAUGAUGAUGAAGCUACAGAUGAAGACGGAGCUGAGAGGACAGUGUCUGCACGUUUAUGUAUACUUGCAUCUAAAACUUCUUACCAAGCAUCAACGAAAAAAAAAAAAAAAA